AUGUCUGCCACUCCCGUCUUCUCCAAGGACGCCGCUCCUCCUGCCGGUCCCUACUCUCACGCCAUCAAGACCCCCGCUGCCAUCUACUGCUCUGGCCAGAUCCCCUGCGACUCUGAGGGCAACCUUGUCGAGGGUACCAUCCAGGAGAAGACUGCCGCCUGCAUCAAGAACCUCAAGGCUGUCCUUGAGGCCGCUGGCUCGUCCAUCGAGAAGGUCGUCAAGGUCAAUGCCUUCCUUACUGACAUGAGCAACUUUGCUGCCAUGAACGAGGAGUACUCCAAGUGGUUCACCCACAAGCCUGCUCGCAGCUGCGUUGCUGUUUACCAGCUUCCCAAGGGUGUCGAUGUUGAGAUUGAGUGCAUUGCCCUCCCCUAA